UUGGAGAUAAUCGCCCUCUAGACUUUCUUUCCCAGUUCCAGCUAGGUGUUUCAAUAGUCUUUUGAUCAUACAACCGGUACCAUGACGAUCAUCUCGAGCCUCGCGUGCUCGCAUGCAGUCUUGAUCUGCACCCACGUCGAAUCUUGUACUACAUACGCAUCUCGUCAGCUUGAUUGUAACCGACGAUCUGAAUACCAUGGCGCCUCUUUUCCAGGGUGCUGACGUGGGGGUAAGUGGACCUGACCUUUCACCCAGUAUUGACUGAUGACAGGACUUGUGCCGGGGUUGACGUUAGCGAAGACGGUGUCGGUGCACAAGGUUUGUAUCCGGACUUCAACCAGCCGUCGGGUCUGUACGACAUUGCUGCGGUCCCUAGAUACUCCCCUUGCUCCUGAGCCACGAGCGUGGUCAGCGCAACGUCUGCUUCGGGACUGUCAGCCUAGAUCGCCAUCAAGAACUAAUCAUCCGACUUAUAGCACUACUUGCUCACAGCGAUGACCGGUCAAAGCUUUAUACAUAGUCCAUUUCAGAGACCCGUGGGACGACCUGCUUGACCAGAAGAAGCCUCAUGCAGAGCUAGUUUAACGCAACCUGAGAUUGCUAGCCCCGGUGGAGGAUCAGCCGUCCACCCUGAGCAAGUCCGAGUCCACAAUCCUCGAGCUGAGCGCGUGUGGAUUCCGUGAGCAUCAUAUCGAUCGAUCGGUUACCUUGUUUGAACGAAACCUUAAACCACGAUUCCGGUUGCGACUCAAAGAUCCAGAGAAGAGAGGGAGCAGGUUAAACCGGCAAGUGAUGCGCGUCCAUUCAGGAACCUGGAUAUUGCCCGCUAUCUCUGGCUCCUCAGGUGGACGCACCCUCGAUGAGUCCCCGACGUCUGAAUAGCCGUAUCUGAGAUGG